AUGAUUGACAAGUUUUAUGUGUUUGACGACGACCUGGGCAUCAAUAUGCUGUUUGUCACCACCAACACUACCGGAGCUAAUGAUGCUGACAGGGUAUACGGUUUGGGUGCCAACUCGUGGGGAUCGUUAGGUUUGGGCAACAAUCGSCGKGUAGGYGAACCKCGUGAGCUGAAACAAUUGAGAGGUUCGGGUAUUGACCAGUUUGCCAAUGGCCGCGAGUUUGUUGUAGGACUGAACCAUAAGACCGGCCGAGUCUAUAGUUUUGGUUUGAAUAGAUGGGGACAGUUAGGUUUGCCGGUUGAUGACAAAAAGUUUAAAUGGCCAAACAUUGUACAGAUACCCGAUCCUAAUGACCAGUUAAUUCAGGAUCUAAGUUGCGGUUCAUAUCAUACACUAGUAUUGACCGGUAAUAAUAGAGUGUACGGUUGGGGUCGCAAUCAAUUUGGUCAAAUCGGUAGCCGAGAGCCUACUACUACUACCGGUGCURCURCUGAUGAUGAUUACAUUGUAAGGACACCCGAAAUGGUCGACUUUGGUGACGACAGCGACAACAAGUAUUGUAUAAAAACUGUCCGAUGUUUUGAAAAUACAUCCAUAGCGUUGACCACUGGGGGUCAAGUGUUUAGUUGGGGUCACAAUCGGGAUCAUCAGUUAGGUCACGAAAAUAUUGRUGAAAUUAUAUGGCGUCCAAAAUUGGUCUACAAUUUGUUUGGCGUUAUCGAUGUACAGUCCGAUUAUAAAAAUACCUAUUUUUGUUGUACUACUACUACUACUACUACUACUACUACCGAUAGUAGCACAGGUAGUAGUGAUAGUAAUGUAUAUUAUUUUUGUGGCCAAUAUUUUACUACUGAUGGCAACAACAACAACACUACUGUCCACAUACAGGAGCUGCCAAUUUUAAGACACCAGACUAUUGGCUCCGGUUGA